AUGCUCUCAAAACACCCCGUUGAUCCGGCUGGUCUGGCUGCUCGCUCAAGUGCAAGCCGCACCAGUGCUCGCUCGCCUUUCACACUCUCGGCCGGAAGCUCACUGGGUGUGGCGAAGCGUGGGUGCUUUGUGCGAGUGGGGCGGGACACAGAGGCCCAGAAGGAGAAGGCCUGCCAGCAACAUGGGCCGCCGUGGAGAUACGGUACUGUAGUAUCAUUUCGAGAAAAGGCAUGGAGAGACGUGGCGGGCUCUUCGGAGACACAGGGGCAGCUGCCGUGCGCCAUCUGCCAGCAGGCCAUCGGGAUGGACGCGGCGGGGGAUGGGAUCGACGUCUCGGGCCCGUCCGAGUCACACGGGCAGCUGCCAUGCGCCAUCUGCCAGCAGGCCAUCGGGAUGGACGCGGAGGGCUCUGAGGUCCAACCCCUUCCCCCUUCCAUCCUACCCUGGCAACAGGACGUGGCAGGCCCAUCGGAGACACACGGGCAGCUGCCGUGCGCCAUCUGCCAGCAGGCCAUCGGGGUGGACGCGGAGGGGCGCGAGUUCGUGCCUCCGAGUGGAGGGGGGGACGAGAGCCCAUCAUCCAACAGUGCAGGCAGCCCCUCCAGCUACGGCUAUGGCAGCAUCGUCUGGUUCACCCCCCGUCGCCAGUGGUCCGCCUUGGCCUCUAGUGGGGACGGUCCUUCUGGCGCAGGUGUUUCUGGCGCAGGUGUUGCUGGUGCUGCUGCUGGUGCUGCUGCUGGUGCUGGUGGUGCAGCUGGUGGUGUGGCUGAGGGUGGCCCCUCCACAGCCAUCAUCCCUGUGCAUGAUGCUGACGCCUCUGCAGGCGGGGUGGGGGGUGGCGGCGGUGGAAUGGGUGUGAUGCCUAAUGAUGGUGCUUCUGCUGACGGCUCGCCAUUCAUAGUGGAUGACACACGCCGCCCCUUGUCGCGCAAGGUGCCAGUGCCGUCCAGCAUGCUCAACCCCUACAGGUUCGCGGUGGUGGUGCGGUUUGUGGUGAUGAUUCUCUUCUUCAAGUUCCGAGUCACCAACCCCAACAACUCCGCCUUCCUGCUCUGGCUUGCCUCCGUCGUCUGUGAAAUCUGGUUUGGAAUCUCCUGGAUAUUUGAUCAGCUGCCCAAGUGGUCGCCCAUCACCCGGGAGACCUUCCUCAACCGCCUCUCCCUCAGAUACGAGCAGGAGGGGCGCCCCUGCGAGCUACCGCAGGUGGACGUGUUUGUGUCGACAGCAGACCCUUUCAAGGAGCCGCCCCUCGUCACGGCCAACGUCAUUCUCUCCGUGCUUGCUGCUGACUACCCCGUUGACAAGAUAGUUUGUUGCCCGUCCACCUUCUCUCCACCAGCUUGCGUGCGCCCACAGAGUGUGUAUCCAAGGGUUCGCCAUGCCCCUGCCCCUGCUCCCCUUCUGCCACGCUUCGUUCCCCAUCUCUCCCCGCACCAUCCCCCCAGGGUGGCGUGCUACCUAUCUGACGAUGGCGCCUCCAUGCUCACAUUCGAGGCGCUCAUGGAGACGGCCAACUUCAGCCGGCUGUGGGUGCCCUUCUGCCGCUCAGCUCCUCCCUGUCUGCCUUCUCUCCACCGGCCCCCUUCUGCCCCUUUCUUCUCCUCUUUUUCCCCAGGGUGGCGUGCUACCUAUCUGACGAUGGCGCGUCCAUGCUCACAUUCGAGGCGCUCAUGGAGACGGCCAACUUCAGCCGGCUGUGGGGUGGCAUGCUAUCUGUCGGACGACGGGGCGUCCAUGCUGACGUUCGAGGCGCUCAUGGAGACGGCCAACUUCAGCCGGCUGUGGGUGCCCUUCUGCCGCAAGCACGCCAUUGAGCCGCGUGCCCCUGAGAUGUACUUCGCUGGGGGCGUGGACUACCUGCUGGGGAAGGUCAACGCGGAUUUCGUCAAGGAGAGGAGGAGGAUGAAGAUGUACUUCGCUGGGGGCGUGGACUACCUGCUGGGGAAGGUUAAUGCGGACUUUGUCAAGGAGAGGAGGCGGAUGAAGGUGAGGAAGAGGAGGAUGUCAUGGAGGGAGCACCUCACAAACCCGUUCUUCUGCGCCCCUCCACCCACCCCCCUCACCCCCUUCCUUUGCCUUCCCCCUCAGCGCGAGUACGAUGAGUUCAAGGUGCGAAUGAACGCGCUGGUGGUGAAGGCGCAGGACAGCCCUCGAGACGGGUGGACCAUGCCCGAUGGCACCGCGUGGCCCGGCAAUGACCGCUCUGACCAUGUCGGCAUGAUCCAGGUGCGGUGGGGUGGUGAUGAUGCCAAUUGGACAGCCCUCAUGCCUGAUGGCACUGCAUGGCCUGGCAACGACCGCUCCGACCAUGUCGGCAUGAUCCAGCCUUACCCUACUCUCAUGCUUCCUCCCUGGCCUCCUUGUUCUCCCCAUCGCCCGCCUUACCCCGAUCAGGUGUUUCUGCAGCCCAACGGAGAGACCAAGGACGUCAAUGGCGACCCACUCCCCUACCUGGUAUGCACACUUGCUCAAACAACACCAGUGCCAUGGAGUGCAUAUUUUACCAAUCCUCUUUUUUUGCCUUGUUGCUUCCCUGCCCCUGGAUCACCUUCUCCCUGUCCCAAUUAUGCACUGCCUCUUCUCUCCCUGUGGUAUGGCACCGUGUGCACGUCACGGCAGGUGUAUGUGUCGCGGGAGAAGCGCCCUAACUACGACCACAACAAGAAGGCUGGAGCCAUGAAUGCUAUGAUGAGGGCAUCGGCGCUGCUGACCAAUGCACCCUUCAUCCUCAACCUGGACUGCGACCACUACAUCAACAACUCAUGCGCCAUCCGCGAGGCCAUCUGCUUCCUGGCAGACCCGCUCAAGGGUGGGCGGGUGUGCUUUGUGCAGUUCCCGCAGCGCUUUGACGGCGUGGAUAAGAGCGACCGCUACGCCAACCACAACACUGUCUUCUACGAUGUGAACAUGAAGGGGCUGGACGGCCAGCAGGGACCCAUGUAUGUGGGCACGGGCUGUGUGUUCCGCCGCCAGGCCCUUUACGGCUUUGACCCGCCUCCCAAGACCCCCACCAAGCGCCGCACGUGCUGCUCCCUCUGCCCCUCUUGGCUCUCUGGCCGCCCCUCCCCCGUGCGCCUGCCCUCCCACCUCGCUGCUGGCACAGCUGCUGCUGGGGGAACGCAGCAGGGGGGGCUGGGGGAGGAUGGGGCAGGCCCGUUCACGUAUGGGGGGAGGGUGAAGCGCCGGUGGUUUGGGCGCAAGGGUGGGAGGCGGGAGGAGAGGGAGCAGGACGGGGUGUCGAUGGGGGGGAUGGAGGAGGGGCGGGGAGGGCGGAUGGGGGAGCGUGGGGGGGAGGGGAGCGGGGGGGAGAGGGGGUGGGAGGAGGGGGAGGAGGCGGCGUUGCUGCCGACUCGGUGGCAUGUGAAGCGGUUUGGGCUGUGCCAUAACUUCAUCAUGACUGUAUUUGAUGGCGUGGGGGGGGCUAUGGCCACAGAGGACCCGCAUGAGGUCUUGAGUGACGUCAUCCUGGUGAUUUCCUGUGGAUACGAGGACAACACGGAAUGGGGCACCAGUUGUGGGUGGGUGUACGGCAGUGUAACGGAGGACAUAGUGACAGGCUACAAGAUGCACACACGCGGCUGGCGCUCUGUCUACUGCAUGCCACCCCGCCCCGCCUUCAAGGGCUCAGCGCCCAUCAACAUGACGGAUCGGUUGGCGCAGGUGCUGCGGUGGGCGACGGGGUCGGUGGAGAUAUUCUUCUCACAGCACAACCCCCUGUGGGCCGACUGCUGCUCCCACCUCAAACCCAUCCAGCGCAUCGCCUACAUGAACACGGCGCUGUACCCGUUCACGUCCAUCGCACUCACAGUCUACUGCUUCCUGCCCGCCAUCAGCCUCUUCUCCGGCCAAUUCAUCGUGCCCAAUAUUGACAACUGGGCGGUGCUCUAUUUCCUCGCGCUCUUCCUCUCCAUCUUCGCCACUGCACUGCUUGAGAUCCGCUGGAGCGGAGUGUCCCUGGAGGAGUGGUGGCGCAACGAGCAGUUCUGGGUCAUUGGAGGCACCUCCGCGCACUUUGCUGCCGUCAUGCAGGGCCUGCUGAAGGUGGUGGCGGGGGUGGAGGUGCAUUUCACGCUCACCUCCAAGGCAUCGCAGGACAUGGAGGAUGAACUCGCUGAGCUCUAUACCGUCAGGUGGACGUGGUUGUUCCUCAUCCCGCUCACCAUCAUCAUUGUGAAUGCAUUCGCCAUCCUGGCGGGAGUGGCGCACGCAAUCAACAACUGGCAGUCCACCGACUCCACCAUCAGCGGAUACGGCCACCCCAUCAAGCCACCCACCUCGAAUGCCGACCAGAUCGGUCAACUCGUCGGCCAGGUGUUCUUCUCUGUGUGGGUUCUUCUGCAUCUCUACCCGUUUACGAAGCAAGCAUCGGCCCCGAAUAAGAGAGUUAACCAAAUUUCCAUAGCAUCGACGUCUCUCUGCCAGCCCGCCAUGGACGCGCGUCGAGUAUGUACGAACGUAGCGGCGUUGGCGCUGGUGCUGCUCGUCGCGACGCCCGAGCUGCUAUCCGACUCGGGCUUCCAAACCACUAGCGCCGUCCCCUACCGCCGCGAGCUAAGAAAACCGCAGGGUCCGCUACAAUACAACGUGCGCGAGACGAUACAGCUGCUACAAGAAUCAGCCUCUCUAGUCAACCGCGCCGCCCACCUGCUGCACGCCGAUGCCUCCCCGCUCGCCCCCUCCUUCUGGCUCCGCCCUGCAGCCGUCGCUGCGGACAGCCCCGCCGGGGCGGAUGCGCGCGCGGGGGAGUCGCGCGGCGGGCGCAAGUACUACGUGAAUCUGGUGCAGACGGCGCGCGCGCUGCAGAACGCGGUGGUGCUGCUGCGGCAGAAGCAGCGGCUGCUGGUGAUGGGGCAGAUCAACAACGCCAUGGCCGCAAUUGACGGCGUGAAAGUCGUGCUAGUGCCGCGAGAAGAUCGCCAGGUGCUGGAACAUCUCAACGUCGCACGGCGAUUCGCGGAGCAUGCGAAGCUGUCGUUCAUGGGGCAGGAACAGCGCGAUUGA